AUGUACCUCCCAACCAUCCUCCCUUCCCUAGCAGCCCUCACCCUCGCCCAUCCAACAAGAACCAUAAGAACCACCACCAACAACAACAACCUCAUUCACCGCGCCCCAAUCCCGGAUGGCGCCUUCAUAAUACCAAUAAGCGCCAAAUCAACCCCUAGUCCAACCCCUAGUCCAACCCCCAGCCGUCGCCCCCACGGUCACGCAAUUAUAAAAAACAACUGCGACUUUCCAAUCUACCUCUGGUCCGUCGGAACAACAGCCCGACCGGAGAAAACUCUCCUCCCAAACGGCUACUACAGCGAGUUGUUCCGCGAAGAGAAAAACACAGGCGGUAUAGCGAUCAAGAUCAGUACAGACGUCGACGGGCUGUAUACCAGUGCGCCGCAGAUGGUGUUUGCAUAUAACCUUUCGGAUCUCACAGAGGGCAAGGUCUGGUAUGAUCUUAGUGAUGUUUUUGGAGAUCCGUUCGAGGGAUAUCCUGUUAGUCUUUCGCCUGCUGAGCCGAGGAUCUCUUGGCCGGAUGGUGUUCCUAGUGCUGGGAGUCAGGUUAGGGUUACUUCUGCUGAUACGAAUUUGGUCACCUGUGUCACUCGGCCACAAGUCCGAUCCCCGCAUUCCCCAACUCCCCACCUCGCUUUCUCCUACUUCAACCUACUCGACCCUUCAAUCCCGCCUUCUCCCUCCAAACAAUCAUGGUAUCACCAGCAAUCCGAGUCGCGCCCAGCGCAGCAAACCGCGCGCUUAACCUCCUUCGCACAGUGCAAUAUACGCACCCUCCAAACUGUCCCUGUCAUGGCAAUCCCGCGCACCAUCACCACCACAAAACCCCCGCCCUCCUCAACCAUGUAA